GCCUCGUGUGGUUUUGGGCUAACUUAACCUCACUUUGUGGAUGUCAAAGUCUGUGUGGAAAAGAAGUUAAGUUGAAAAUUUACGCAAAAAUGGUGAAAAAGAAAGCAGAAUUAUUGAACAUCAGUCGCGAGGAACGCAUGGUUAUAACUAUAGGUGAAAUUAUCCAAGAAUUAGUUGCUGCUCAUGACGCAGGCAAGGAUGUGAACUUGAAUCGUAUGAAAUCUAGAAUUUCUUCGAAGUAUGGUUUAGAUAGCUCGCCCAGACUUGUGGAUAUUAUAGCUGCUGUACCUAGUGAACACAAGAAAACUUUGUUGCCUAAACUUCGUGAACCCAUUCGAACAGCUAGUGGGAUUGCAGUUGUAGCUGUGAUGUGCAAGCCACAUCGUUGUCCUCAUAUUAAUAUGACAGGUAACAUAUGUGUCUAUUGUCCUGGUGGUCCAGACAGUGAUUUUGAAUAUUCUACUCAAAGUUAUACUGGCUAUGAGCCAACAAGUAUGAGAGCUAUUAGAGCAAGGUACAAUCCAUAUUUGCAGACACGACAUCGAAUAGAACAGCUUAAGCAAUUAGGACAUUCAGUUGAUAAAGUUGAAUUUAUUGUAAUGGGCGGAACUUUUGUCUUUGCCUGAUACAUAUCGCGAUUUUUUCAUUCGAAUCUUCAUGAUGCUCUUAGUGGACAUACUAGCAACUCAGUAGAAGAAGCUGUUAAAUAUUCCGAAAAAUCGAAAGUGAAAUGUAUUGGUAUAACUAUAGAAACAAGACCUGACUACUGUUUGAGAAAACAUUUAUCAGAUAUGCUUCAGUAUGGCUGCACGAAUUUGAAAAUAGGUGUACAAUCUGUAUAUGAGGAUAUAGCUAGAGAUACUAAUCGAGGACAUACAGUGCGUGCCGUCUGCGAGAGUUUUAACAUGGCCAAAGAUGCCGGAUUCAAGGUAGUUGCACAUAUGAUGCCCGAUUUACCAAAUAUGGACUGGGAGAGAGAUAUCGAGCAAUUUGUGGAAUUCUUUGAAAAUCCAGCAUUUCGAGCUGAUGGUCUGAAAAUUUAUCCCACAUUAGUUAUUAGAGGAACAGGUUUAUAUGAACUGUGGAAAACUGGACGUUAUAAAAGUUACCCUCCAAGUGCUUUAAUAGAUCUUGUCGCCCACAUCCUGAGUAUUGUACCACCUUGGACAAGAGUGUAUCGCGUGCAGAGAGAUAUACCUAUGCCACUUGUGAGUUCUGGUGUAGAGCAUGGUAAUUUACGAGAACUGGCAUUGGCGCGCAUGCAAGAUCUGGGCACUACAUGCAGAGAUGUCCGAACUAGGGAAGUAGGAAUUCAAGAGAUUCAUAACAAGGUGAGACCUUAUGAAAUUGAACUAAUACGACGAGACUAUGUGGCGAACGGUGGCUGGGAGACAUUUCUUUCAUAUGAAGACCCUGAAAGUGAUAUUCUUGUGGGAUUACUGCGUCUUCGCAAACUUGAUGAACAGUUUGCAUUUAGGCCAGAGUUCAAAGGUAGCAGAUGCUCCAUUGUACGCGAAUUGCAUGUAUAUGGAAGCGUGGUUCCAGUGAAUGUUAGAGAUCCCACCAAAUUUCAACAUCAGGGCUUUGGUAUGAUGUUAAUGGAAGAAGCAGAAAAAAUUGCAAGAGAAGAGCAUUGUAGUACAAAGAUUUCGGUAAUUUCUGGUGUGGGCACAAGAAAUUAUUACCGAAAAAUGGGCUAUGAAUUGGAUGGACCAUAUAUGUCAAAGAGUUUAUAUUAG